AGUACAGAUUGUGGGUUUUUUCACGGGCCGUCGCUCGCAAGUGGAGGUUUACAGCCUGAGGGCAAAUUCCUGGAAGCGGAUCGGCGAUGUAUUCCCUUGUGGGAUCGAUGACAAGUGCUCGGGCAAUCAAGUUGGCCUUCAGGAAUUUCGGGCUUUGGUGCUACCAAUACGAGACGGUGUUGGUCCUGUUCAAUCUGGUCGAUGAGGUUUUUCCAUCGGAUGGUCCUGCCACAUUCAAUGCGUUCGGCGACUGAGCAGAUAUGUUUGUUCCCGGUAGCAUCUAAGCCGUCCUAUCGUAGUGUGGGAAGGUGGAUCAUGAAAGAGUUCGGCAUUGCCGAGUCCUGGACCAAGUUUUACGCGAUAAUACUAUCUUCAACUUCAGGCGGCCUUCUGCAAUAUUCACUACUUGGAUUUGCAGGCUCUCAAGGCAUUUUCUUCACCAAGGCCUCAUUUUUGGGUCUGCAUCUCGUGUCCUACGACAUAGGGACAGCACGGUUUGAAGACUUCGAAGUUUAUGGAAUCGAUCCCCCCCUUAACUGUCCAAGAAUAUCGAGACUUUGGGCUUUCCGGACAUGUACUUUAGGAAAUGGUUCAUGCAUGUAUCGAUAUUCCUUUUUAUAUCUCAUCGAGGUUGAUUCAGUCCAGAGCUGCCGGUUGGUAUCCAAACCACAGAGCUCGGCUUCUCUUAAGAACACUUGGACAACAAAUUUUCUAGAACUUAUAUGUAUUUAUUGAUAAAUUGGAAUUACGUUGCUUGACUGAAUAAUGUGGCAAACUGUCAUCUGAAUAACUUUCUGAAAGGGGCACCAGAAGGAGUGAAGGGCAAUCCAAGAAUUACUUCCUCUGUCAUUGUUUCACAGAGAGCAAAAACGACAUGCUUUGUCCAUGCCCGAAAGCAAUAGAAAAGGAAUAAGCAUCAAUGAAUCCAUGAACGGGAAACCAUAAAAACACCCGCCUUGUCUUGCAAACAACAAUUCUAUAUCCGAACUAGAUAGAGAUUGAGAAGUAAACCCAGACAAGAGUGUUUCAAACCCACAAAGAAGGUGGAGAGAGAGAGAGAAAGAGAGAGAAUGGCGGCGAGAUCGGGAACAGGACGAUCACCGACCUCUUCGUCUUCACGACCCAGUUAUGAAGACAUCGAACCGAAGUCAGCAGAGUGGAAAGAAGAGAAAAGUGCUCAUAUUUUGAAUGUCCAUCUUCCAGGUUUCGUUAAGGAGCAGAUCAGGGUAACCUACGACGACAGCUCGCGCUCCUUCAAUGUCCAAGGAGACCGUCCCCUUGGGGACAACCGGUUCGGCCGUCUCAACAAGGAUUUCGCCAUCCCGGACAACUGCAAGAUGAAGGACAUGGAGGGCAAGUUCCAGGAUGAGGUGCUCACGAUCACAAUACCAAAGGAAUACGUCUCCCCAUUCUUUGGUCCUAAAGAAGCCACCACAAGUGCACAAUCAGCACCAGAAAAUGCCCCAAGCGUCACUCAUAAGCCGCCAGCGAUCAGCGAGCCACCAAAGGUACCCCCAUCAGUGCCACCGCCGAACGGGAAAUCUCUUGAGCCGAAUAGGCGGAAAGAAACAACGGGGAAGGAAAUGAAGAGUGCCAAUGACACUGAUGAUGCUAAGAAGAAUAAGACGAGGGAAGGGAAGGUGGGUGAACCAGAGAAGCAGCUGCUUGUGAAUGUGAGUGUGGCGGCUCUUGUGCUUGUGGCACUUGGGGCUUAUGUUGGUUACAACUUUGCUUGUCCUAGGUCGGCAAAAGACUAAUCUACCUUAGCAUCAUGUCUGAAUAAAUGUUCAUCACAUGGUUAUGGGUGUAAAAUAAUAUCAGAGGCAGUGAAAGUAUAUACAUGUGCGCUUCUUCAAAUGCAUAUUUGUAUAGUACCUUGAAUGGUAGCAAUCUAUAUGUCUUGACUGUGAUUUAUUCAGAUAUCUCAGCUUCGUGCAUUC